CACAGCUCUGCUAAAGAUGUGAAAAUGGCGGAGCUACAAAUGCUUCUGGAAGAGGAGAUUCCAGCUGGACGAAGCGCACUACUAGACAGUUUCACUAAUUUGGAAAGAGUCGCGGAAUACUGCGAAAGCAACUAUGUGCAGUCUCCAGACAAGGAGAGAGCACUGGAGGAGACGAAGAACUACACCACCCAGUCUCUGGCCAGCGUUGCCUACCUGAUCAACACGCUGGCCAACAACGUGCUGCAGAUGCUCGACAUCCAGGCCUCGCAGCUCCGUCGCAUGGAGUCCUCUAUCAACCACAUCUCGCAGACUGUGGACAUCCACAAAGAGAAGGUGGCGCGGCGGGAGAUCGGCAUCCUCACCACCAACAAGAACACGUCCCGCACUCACAAGAUCAUCGCCCCGGCCAAUCCCGAGAGGCCCGUGCGCUACAUCCGCAAGCCCAUCGACUACAGCAUGCUAGACGACAUGGGCCACGGGGUCAAGGCCAGCGCUCAGAACAUGAAGGCCGGAGGAGGUGGACUCCCUCGCACAAACCCCCCCACACAGAAGCCCCCCAGCCCGCCCAUGUCGGGGAAAGGGACCCUCGGGCGCCAUUCCCCCUAUAAGACGCUUGAGCCGGUGCGUCCACCCGUUGUCCCUAAUGACUACGUCUCGAGCCCGACACGCAACAUGGCGCAACCCCUGCAGAGCCCUGCAUCCGUUAAUAAGAGGAACCGCACGUACAGCAGUGGCAGCAGUGGAGGCAGCCACCCCAGCAGCAGCCGCAGCAGCAGCCGAGAGAACAGUGGCAGCGGCAGCGUGGGCGUGCCCAUUGCCGUGCCAACCCCAGCCCCGCCCAACGCAUUCCCAGCCCCCGUCCCAUCCAACCCAGCUAAACCUCACCCCAACACUGCCACCACCAUCCCUGGACCCCAUACCACUGCCCUAGACGGCCCCCCACAGGCCCCAAACCCCCCUGUAGAGAUCCCACCUGUACCCCCGCCCCCUCCCCAGCUCCCUGCCUCUGCGGCCCCCACUGGCACGGGCCCCGCUGCUUACAGCAACCCCGCACAAGGUUCUGCUCAGUUCUACAGCAUGAAUCGCCCGGCGCAACCGCCCCAAAACUCGCAGGUGGGAGGCUCUCUGCCAUACCGCCGACCCGGGUCCGUCACCGGUCAGCCCAACAUCGCCCAGAGCCAGCUCAACGGGGGCCCCCACUUCGCCCAAAGCCAAGUCUCAGACAAGCCUCCGCCUCCGCCCUCCGACGAGCCGGUGUUUGACGAGCUGACACCUCCUCCACCACCACCGGAGGACUACGAGGACGAAGAAGAAGAGGAGGAGGGGGAUGACAACGACGAUGAUGACGAGGAGGAGUCGGCGGUGGUGGAGUACAGCGACCCCUACGCCGAGGAGGACCCGCCCUGGGCUCCACAAACCUACCUGGAGAAAGUGGUGGCCAUCUACGACUACGCUCGGGACAAGGAAGACGAGCUGUCGUUCCAGGAGGGCGCCAUCAUCUACGUGAUCAAGAAGAACGACGACGGCUGGUACGAGGGCGUGAUGCACGAGACCACAGGCCUCUUCCCCGGCAACUACGUGGAGUCUAUCAUGCACUACGCCGACUGAACAAUCCCCCCUCUGAACACAUGGGGAAGAGGUUGAUGGGGGAGGGGAGCCAAGGGUUAAAGGUCAAAGACUUUGAUCAGACAGAGCAUGAUCACCUCUGGGCGAAAAGAGAGAUGGGGAAAGAAGAAGUAGCAGUUUCUUUAAAGAAGCUGCAACAUGACAAACUGACACCCAGUCGCUCUCUCGACAGGCGCCAUUGUAAAACAACCACUACUCUAGAUAUAUUCUUCUCUGUAAUAUUUCUUUCUUUCUUUAUUUGACUGAGGAGGACUGGACUGGACGGUAAUGGAUUAUUUAGGGAGUUUUGCAUUACAUUAUGAGGCCACUACAAUGAUUUUUGCUUCAUUUUUUUUUUUUUUUUGACCAAUUUGCCCUUAUUUUUUAAAGAAUAUUUAUUUGUUUUUUGUAGUGGGAUAAAUGGUGAACCGGUGAGAGGGAUUUAGUCAGGGUUUCCAUGCCGCAGCCUUUGGAGAAAAGGGCUGGAGGAGAAUGCCUUCACGUGUCCAUUAUCUCCUUAACUCCGCAGAGACAAUUUAGAGAAAAGUACUCUUCUAAAUAUAUAUAUAUAUAUAAAGUAUAAUGCAACAACAAUAUCCUCGGUGGCAGCGAGUGUGCCAAAGCUGACGUUCACUAGGACGAGCACAUUGGAGGUCUUUAGGUGAAGCGCGGUUGAAGUGGGUCCGAAAAGUCGAGAAGACACCAGAUUUCUUGCUUCAUUUCAAAUUUGAAAAAAAAGUUUCAUUUAAUUUUAAUUCGUUAUUCUCGGCGCGCUUCACUUAACCAGCCAGUGUGCAUUUGUGAAAGAGAAGGAAUCGUCUCUCGAGAGGAGAGCGAUGGCUGCACGAUGAUCUGGAUUUAGAAGUCGUGAUUAUUGAACUAUAUUAUCUCGACUGACGAGGCUCGUCGUGUGCAGCGUUCACAUGCAUUUGAAAUGGAAGACUUUUUAUUUAAUAUUUCUUAAUUUUUCGGUGUUUACCAAGAGGUCCAGAAUCUGUUUUGCUUGCAGAGCGGCAGACUGCAUGUUUUUUCGACGAGGAGGGGAAGAAAAAAAAAAAAAAAACUCUACCGAUGAUUAAUGUCUUAAUAUUUUUAGAUAUGGUGUGGUUUGGUUUUUGAUAUUCACCCACGACGACCGCGACGCAUUUAGGUUCAUUUCUAAGGCGCUUGUGCCAUAUUGAAGUGUGCGUUGCUGUUCAGAGGUCAUCACUUCAUUUGCAAUAAAUUGGCCCGAGAGGGGAGGACCGUCGAUGGACUCCACGUCGACGUUCUCUUUUUCAGUUGUUUUAAAUCAAAAGCACAUACAUUUGUAGUAAAAAGGUGUAGAAGAAGAACUAAUAUAAAUGUGAGAUGUAUUUCGUCCUCAAAACAGGACUUAUUGAAUAUGAAAAGAUGCCAGCUGUUGUGUUGAAAUGGUUUUAACCAUCGGUCGCAGGCCCCGCCCCCCCCGCCCACGAUAUUCUCAAAGCCGUCGGUGUAGGCGUCGUUCGUCCUCCGUUGCGUCUCCGCUUGGCUGUUGGGUGUCUGCGAGAGCUCAGUGCUUGUACUUAUGUCAGAAUCUUUAUUUUCUAUUAAAAAAAAAAAAAAAGAAAGAAAAUAAAUAAUACCAAGUGGGUAUGUGUGUGAGUCUUGCAUGCCAUUGUUCUGUACCGGUGUCCCAAAAAACCUACACGGCGAGAUCACCCAUUCUUAAAAAGACAAGCGGCCCCGACCAGGUGACGCCCGCCUCACGAGGAGUGACCUGUGACCUUUGAACUGUGGGGGAGGAGGGAGGGACACAGCUUCUUUCCCAGGACAUUAGAUGUCAUUACGUCAGUUGUUUAAAAAAAAAAGUGUUUUUUUUUUUUUAAGCUGCUUAUUGAAUCCUGCAGUCAAAGACCCCACACCCACCAUCCCCACCACCAGGUGACAAUACAUACUUGUUUCAGACACUAAAAGCAUAAAACUGGGCCCUUGGUCUGCAGGAUUCACAGCUCCCUGGAGUCACAUAACAGUCCAUAAUGCCUAUGUGUUGCACAGUUAAAGUUGAAUUGCAGAAGUAUCAUAUUUGUAAAAUCAUGAGAACAAAGACAAUAAAAUUAUUAAGAUUUA